UUUCUUGACUACGCGCGUUUGCGAUUUUCGCGCUCGCGUUACAUCGAGACAGCGCGAGAUCGAUAGAAGUCACCGGUCUACCUGCCGCGAAAUACGCGGCGGAUAAACCGCGUUAUCGAUCUUCUUCAUCUUCUUGAUACACCGGACAACUCGUUCGAAUUGUUCGUCGCGGAAUACGAACUUCGAUCAGCAGUUUCUUCUUAUCGUGUGUUUCGUGCAUCGAAUCGGUUUUAUCACGGCGAUAACGUUUGGUGAAAAUGUGCCGCGAUCGAUAAGCAUGCGGAUUCCGACGACUACGGUGCCGGACCACCUGUUUUCUAAUUCUUUUGUUUACUAUAGAACGCGGAUUCGUCGAGGCGAAUCGAAUUAAUCGGUUCGAUCGCACCGUGUCGUGUCGUUUCAAACGCUUUAAACUGUGAUUCGAGUGGAACGGAGACCGUGAUCGGAUUAGCGAAUCGUUGAAUAGUUUGGAAGUUAAGCAUAGAUCCAGUAGGAACUUAUUAAUCGUGUUAGAUCUUCGAGAUCAACGAACUGUCACGCGAUCUCCUCGUGUGUGUGCAUAUCCACGUGAUUUGUUUUUCUUUUCCUUUUCGAUUUGUAUCGUUUCUCAACCGGAAAACGUUAAUCUGCGAAAAUUGUAUAGAAUGUGGUGAAACCUCAAAGUCUGUGUGAUUUACAAUCACCGGUCACCGUCACGAUCGCGGUUGCGAUCGCGGCCGCAAAUCGCGCGAUUAUCGUGCUAUGAAAUCUGUGUAAACCAGUUCCUUCGCUUGUAAUUUCGUUUGUUAUUCGCAAACGUAUUCACUUUCGGGCCGUAUCCAGUUUCAUUUGAUCGAGAGGUGCUAUGGUCUGCUCUGCCAUAUUGGGACCAACUGAUCAUCCAUUGUUCUAAGAUGAAACACACUCCGACUAUUGUAUAGACUUCCUUUUAUAGCCACGUGGUAUCGUAUCUAUUCAAAAUUUAUUAUUUUCACGCCAAUGAAUUUUCUUAUUAGAUUCGUGCAUUGUGACGAUACAAUCGUAAAAAGAAAUGUAAAAACCGUGGAAACUAGAUUCUUCGAAGAUAUUAGAACCUGUGGCUAAUUGUCACACGUGCAACGUUCAUGGACGGAGCUUUAAAGAAUCCAAUUUUGACAUAACACGGUAUAAUCGUUGGCAAUGCUGAGCGCAUAUCGAUAAUAGUUUUUAAGUUUGCUUCCGCUAGUUUUAAUCUACUGAACUUCGCGCUACCUUGAACAAUCUUAUCAGCGCAUUCACGAACGUGGCAACGCGUUACGUGGUGCAUCGAUUUAACUGGUGCAAAAUUUUCAACCGAGUAUCGGCAACGCUCCGCGCUGAUACCAGCGAGUUUCGUGAAUUUCCCCCUACUCAGCUUUAGCUCUCUAUUUUUAACCGACUCGCCCGUUAUCGCUUUGAUGUCAAUAAAUUAUAAUUCCAUUAUAAAACGUAGUAACUUAUUGCACAAAACGAUUACUUCGUCGUUUAUGUUUUCGUCUCUUUCUUGGAAAUUAUUAUAGACGGUGGUGGAACACACAAAUGAAAAAUUGUAAUACUUCUUUCAAGUCGUACGUUUCCACGUUCCGGCCUUAAUCAUUGUUAAUUGUUGCACUUUUACGGCGCUAUCGAGGCGCACCGCUCGUGACGUUUCUCGUAAGUCGACGAUAAUAUCACGAUAGUCUGUUACCUCUCCGAUAGCGUUAAUUGCCGAUGACGAAACGCGAUCAUGUAUGUGUUCGCCCGAACUAUGUUUACCGAUAAAAACCCGUGAAACACUCGUUGUUCGGACAAAUAAUUCGUCCAGAAAAUUUUACAUUCGUUUCUAUUGGACCGAUUCGAGCCGUGGUUCGAUUAAUUCACGCAAUUUAUUUAUUAAUUCGACGCUCUCUCUCUCUCUCUUUCUCUCUGCCUCUUGUGGUAAUUCGAUGGAAGUAGUUAGUUGCAAAUUUUUCUAGCUUUUUUGAAAAUAGAAAUAAUCAAGCGCGAUAACUUCGAUACGGUUAAUUCGCGUCGCAAUGAUAAGGAAAAAAUGCGAUAAGAAAAAACACUGAUACAGUGCACUUCUGGCUGCAACGAUUGCGACCAUGUGAUUUCUUCAGAAUGUUGGGGGAUUCUUUGAAAUCAAUACUGCGGAUAAAAAAAGAGGGAAUGUGUGGAACUGAUAUGGACAAGUGUAUACAAAUGAGAAAAAGAUAAUGAGAGGAAGGCUAUAUUUCGUUGAUCAGUCGCGGAUUUAUCGGUAGAGAAAGAGGGUCACGAGUAAUGACGUGAUAGUUAAUGCGACACGAUUUGGUAAUGGUAUUUAUUAAUCUCAAUAAAAUUCUGGCUAACUCGAGCGCAAAAUCAACGGCGAUCGCGAGAUUAAUAAUUGAGCUAUUGGUACAAUUGAUAACGAUAUGCCGCCAACAGCGGUUAAUUAAUUAUAGCCUCUAAUGGAACUACUUGAAAGCAAAUACAUAAUGCGUAAUAGGAUCGCAAGCCGCAGUAUCAACAUCUACAAUGGAUUACCCCUGACAUCAAUAUAUUCUUAAUUAAUCGUUACCUCGCAGUUUUUUAAACAUUCUGCCAAUCCUGAUUCUACACUAGAACUACCAAACAUGAUUGUAAUAUAAACACACAUGUGCUGGUAUUCGUAAAAGAAUUAAAAUAAUAAUCUAAAAUUUUCCAUAAGUGAUAUAAAUCGAACUUCGUUUCUUUUCUUCAUGUAGGAAUUAUUUUUUAAAACUCGUCGACUGUUUCCAGAAUGAAAAUCGAAAUUGUAUUGCACGUAGCCAUUAUAAAGAAUAAAAUCAUUAACAUUUGAUUUGUUAAUCGAAAUGUAUUUUCUCAGAAGAAAAACAAUUGUCUAGCAAACAAUUGCUUUUGAACGAUAGGGUACAACCUCUUUUUAGGUCUUUAAUUAUCGGUAAUUCCAGCGUUCAGUUUCUGCUAUUUCUGCUACUUGUUUACGAUUCAAGGGCGAAGAAUCUCGAGAAAUAGACCGACAACCAAUGGUUGGAAAGGGACAGCUAACCUGAGAACAGCAUUUACCACGGAAGUUCGCACAUUGUUUGGCCACGAUUUGUUCGAUCAACGUUACUACCGGAACAAUAAACGUCGUUCGCAAUGGAACGAUCUCUCGCUCGGUUCUGUAACAAUUGCGCGAUCCACGCGCGGCUAUAAUGCGAUUCUAUUGAUCCGAUUCACGGUCUGACGCGGCUCUGGCCAGCCGCGUGGCAGAGAAAUUUGCAAUAAUCGACGAAAGCCGCUUAAUUGUUCGCUCGAACGCGUAUUCGUUCUACGAGCUCGGUGUUUUAUUGACGGUUCAUCCGCAGUGCUUCGCGUGAUUGGAGUUACACGUGAAUCGGACGUUUAUCUCCGUCGGGCCGACCUCGAUGAAGCGCGGCCAAUUUCACCUGGCCGCUGAAUCCUUUUGGAAGAACGAAACGCGGCCAAUUCGUCCAGCUGAGACGCGGAACAAUUUUUUAAUAGGACUUUGCGGCUGAAAAGGGAAGAACUCUGUUCGGUUGUACGUGUGUAUGUGUGUAUAUCGAGUUUGGCACGAUGACAACACUGAAGAAGGACGAGAAACGGGCUUCGAAGAAGUCGAAGAACGUCAGCCAGAAAAUCUCGACUUGCAAGAAGCAGGUACCCCCGAAGAACAGAGAAUCGAAGGUGCAAGCAGAGGAACCAAGAGAGGAUCUAUCGAUCCUCGGUAGCAACGACGACGCGCAGGGGGAUGAGAGGGCGGCAAGGGCGAGCGGGAGAUUCGAACGGAAGUCGUUCCGUCGGAAAAUCGGGUCACUGAUAAGAGGCAGCGCCGCGGAGUUACCGGCUGUGAUAAAUCGCAGUCUGCAACCGAUUAAGCGUAGUUUGAGCUUCAGCAAAGACUUGAACCGUGUGCAAGAACCCUCGAAACCUCACAGGCCGAACAGCGUACAUUGGUAUAACAGUUUGGUGUCUUUGGCCGAGGAUGAAUGUCUGGACGAACAGGAUGACAGCCCUCCGAGCAACAGCGAGGAACUAUUUUCCCCGAAGGUUCAAGUUACCAGGACGCAGAGUCUCAUCGAUACCACUUCCCAGACUAGAAGUACGAGAAGACGAGUGAGCGAGGCACUGAGUCGAACAGCCCCUUACGGACGACACAGCGACCAUUAUGACUCUACAAUAGAUUUAAGUAAUCCGCCCUGGGAGGCCAGUAGUCUCCCUGCUCUCACGCACACCGUCACGGAUGAAAGCUACAACGAGCGAAUAUUCCCCCUUAAAAAGGAGCAACAGGUCAGACGCGAAUGGAGGAGCCUGAAAACAACUGGCCGAAAUUUGUCUCUCCUAGAUGUCGACCAAUCCCCCGCGCAGCUUCAUUCGGUGCGUUCGAGGUCGUUGACCCAGCUGGACGCUCUGGGCAGCAAAAUGCUGGACACGGGGGAACACCAUCUGGGGGGUGGUCCCUCGCAACAGCAACCCCAUCAUCUUCACCACCAUUACCAGCCUCAGCAAUUACAGCACCACCCCCAAAACGUCGAAAGUAAUCCCCGUCUUCUAGUACCCACGGCGUCGUCCGUCGAGGGAGCGCACCAGAAUCGCACCCGGCACAAGCUGUCUCGGUCACAGGUAUCCAGCAGCGAGUUCUUCAGCGUUAGCUUCGAGCUGUCCGAUGAUUCGAGCGGCCUAGACCGAGACGAGCUUCUGCCAGCUGUGAAAGGCACAUACUUGGCGGAUGUGCUGAACGCUGCAUGCGAGAGACGCGGAGUCGACGUGUCGCGGGUCGAGGUCCUCGAUGGGUUCUCGCAGCCAUUACCGAUUCUCACCACGGAUACUUCCAGCCUUGGAGGGAAGCACUUGCGGAUAACAGUUAAGGACAACGACAAAUCGAACUCGAGGUCGUCGAGCCAGAGGAGCAACCAGAGCGUCUCCCUGAGAAAAGCAAGCGGGAGUUGUCGAUGUCGCAGCGGUCGUUUCUUCAGCGUCUCGACGGAAGACUCGAGCGUCGACUCCGAGAUCGGUAGUAACACCACGCUUACGUCUGGUCGGAGCUCCGCUGGGGCUGCGGGGCCCAAGACCAGUAAACAGCGAUGGAGUGGCUUCUUCACCAAUACCAAAGGCACGAAACUCGAUCUACUCACCGCUCAGCUGGACGAUUAUAACAAACAUGGCGUGCCGAAACUUUCCGAACUUUCUCACGAACUCAAUUUUAACGAAGAUGUCUUGUACAAUCUAGAACACGAUUGGCGAGAUAUCGUUCAAAACUCGGAUCAACUAUCGGAGAAGCAACAGCAACAACAAACUGCUUUAUGGGAGCUAGCUCAAACGGAGGUAGCUUACAUAAAGACUCUAAAGGUUGUGACAGACCUGUUUAUGGCGUGCCUCUGCAGCCUGCAGACCUCGAAUAUCCUGAACGAGGUCGACAGGACAAAGCUCUUCAGCAACAUCCCUGAGAUCUACGCAGCGAAUCGCUACUUCUGGACUGAGUAUGUUCUAGUGAUGGUAAAUACAUCGAGGACCACUGGACAACCGCUCGAUCCUGGCCACCUUCUGCAAGGUUUCGAAACAUUCGAGCAAACGUUCGCACCUUACACCAGAUACUGCGCCGAGCAGAGUAAAUGUCAACAAUACUGCAGAGACCGUUUGAAUGAUAAUCAGCUAUUCACGGUCUAUCUCGUGUGGUGUGAAACUCAAAAGGACUGCAAUCGGCUGAAACUGCUUGACAUACUGGUGAAACCUAUGCAGAGGCUGACGAAAUACUCUCUCCUUUUGAAAGCUGUUCACAAGAACACGGAGAACGAGGAACAACGAGCAGAAUUGACGCAUAUGAUCAAAUCUGUAGACGACUUCGUGGCAUCAGUGAACGCAGCCUUGAAGAGGAACGAGGAAACAGCGCGGUUGGCCAGUGCCGCGUCUCGAAUAGAGAGUUAUGACGUAGUCGAAUCUAGAGACGAAGAAUUAGAGAAACUGAUUAAAAUUCACAGCACUUUUGACAUUACCACUGUUCCAAUGCCAGGUUGUCCGAAAGACAGCCUAAGAGUACUUCUUCGCGAAGGAGACCUGAAGUUGAGAGAUGCCGCUAGUAGUAAGAUGGAAGUACAUGUGCUGUUACUAACGGACAUGUUAUUGAUCUGCAAACCGUCGACUAAGAAAACCUCGUCCAGUGGGCUGACUGGCACCGUCGGGGGCGGUUUGAAGAUUAUAAGACAACCGUACGUCAUCGAUCGCAUCCGAAUACACGAGCUGAAGGAACCAAGUAGCUUAGGCUUGGUUUAUCUGAACGAGUAUGGGGCGGCAUCAGCUGCUCUGGUUCUCAGCGCCGGAGAAUCAAAAUUAGCCAAGUCCUGGAUGGAAUCCAUAAGAAAAGCUCAGCAGCAAUUCGCGCUAAUGAAAGUGCCACCACUUGGCAACACGAUGAAUUUGGGCACAGUCAGUAGACAACCGAGCACCUUCCUUGGUGACGUUGAAUUCGAGCCAGAAGAAUGCGAGGGUAUACCGAAAACACCUCGAGGAAGUAGCAGAGCGUCGAGAGUGAGCAGCCUUGCCCACAGUCACAGUCAUGAAACACCUUCCAGUGGAAGCAUAGAGAUGGAAGGCGUUUCACCGGGAAGUAGCAGCUUCCUGCCUAGCUACAAUGCGAGCAGAAAUGUCAGCGUGGAAACAAGUGAGCCACCGCGAGCCUCGAGCGUAUCGUCGGAAGAAGGAGGUGAAAGUUCUGGACACAACCACAGACCUUUACAAAUAAGUCUUAACAAAUUUGAUAAUAGACGAUAUCCGCUGAGUAAGUCGCCGACGCCUAACACGUUGAGUGUCCAAGUGCCAGCGUACUCUAGCUUGGGCCAAUCGCUGCCAAAUUUGACCCUAGCCACUUCGCCACAAACUUCGACCGUGUCUCCGACACCGCCAAACUCGCUUCUUAUUGUACCCCAAAUAACAAAGAGCAAGGACACUUUGCUUUCACCAGGGCACCGAGGUAUCUCGUAUCCACCACCAUCGCCCCCGAGAGGGGCGCUUAGAAGAGCGUUCGCGAUUCCUCAAUCACGAAACCCACCUCUCGUUAAAACGAGACACAUAAGCUCGUCUGUGACACAGACGGUUCAGCCUACGAUGAAUCUAGACACAGAAGCCAUUGAGGAAAGACGAAGAAGACUGGAACCUUCGCACAGGAUGCCAUCGACCAGCAGCAUCGCGGAGGAAAAGAAAUGACUAGAACUGGGAUACAGGAGUAACCUGCCGAAAAGAUAAAUUGCUACGGACCAUCUGCAUUUGAUGAGGGUGUACGUGAUACGUCGUGUUUAGAAACAAGAUGUUCCUUUCUGUUAUCUGUAUGCAAGUGCUGCACACACUUUCAUGCAGAACCAGAAAGUGGUUCAAACAAUUUGAGAAUGGAUUCAACUUGAAUAAGUGAACGUCUCGUACUCCCUGUGCCUAUAAUAUGAACCGAGCAAUUUUACAAUCGAUUGGGGCCAUUCGAAAUCAACGUGAAGUUUGUACCACGACCGUAUCAUUGUAACUGAUUUGAUUCUAGCUGUAUAACUUUUAGAUCUCAUUUUGUAAUGAACUUGUCGUGGAGGUUUGAGACAGACAUGUUUCAAUAUUACCCUAGUUCAUUUAGAAUUCUAAGCGACGAACAAAAAAAUGGCCUACCUAGUGUAAUUAAUAUUACAACUAUUUAUCGUGAUUUAAGUUUAGAUGACUAUAAUAGUUGGAGUAAGAUGCCUUUAGAGCAACAAUUUUAAA